AUGCGCUUUUCGAUCACCAGAACUAGCAGCAGCAGCAAUAGUCCCGAGUGGCAGCAGCAGCAGCAAACAGAAGCGCAAGCAGGCCAGGCGACCGCCAUCGAUUCGGCCUCCGGUCCGAAGGUCACGUGGUUCUUGACGGCCGCUGACGAGCCGAUGGGGUUGCACCUCCUGCUGCCCUUGGCCAGCGACUCCCUUUCCGCCGAGCCUGACCUCUCUUCCUCCUCCUCCUCCCUCCAAGCCAUCCGGGGAGGAACCCCCACAUCCCUCGACGAGUCUCCUGCUCCCGUAAAGCAGGGAGGGAGCCGAGGGGGAGCAGCCAUGAGCGAGGCGAGCCCCCGGCGCGAGCCCGCGGUGGGCAGCUCGUCGUCGCUGACGUCAUCGCCUGCUUCCAACGGCGCCAGCAGGCGGACGCCCGUCAUCCGCCUGCACGGCGCGCCUACGCUCUCGCCGCGACCAGCGCCCAAGAAAGGUGGACGUCGUGCGUCCGAGUUCUGCUUCCGCGAACCCCCCGAGUACGUGCACCUGGCCCCGCCGCGGUCGACCGUGUCCACUCCCCCGCCGGGCCGCAAGCGGUCCGCGUCGCUGCCGCACGUGCGCAGCCCGUCGCCCGUGCCGCCGCCGCUGGCGAGAGCCGCGCGGGCUCACCAUGCGGCACAGCAGCAAGCCAGGCAGCAACAAGCCAGGCAGCAGCCCGGCGGCGGAGACGAGGAAGACGACGAAGAGGAACGCCGCCUCGACGAUGACGACGACGACCAGGAGGAAGAGGACGAACAGGCCGACGGACGGGACACGCCUCCGCCGCCCAUGGCCGCAUGCCCGGAGGAAGAGACUGGCGCAGAGACACGUCAGCAGCACCGCAGCCGGCUGCUAGGAGCGGCCACGGCGGACAGGAGGAAGUCGACGCCCUGCCAGCCGAAAUUCCUGCAGUGCCGGAGAGGGAGGCCUUCACUGGACCUUACCGCCGCACAGGCGUCCGGCCACAUUACGCUAGGUAGCCACUUGGAAUCCGAGAUCGCGCGUCGUCGCCACUCGGUGGCCGCGACCGCGGCGGGCGCGGACAAGCCAGCGGCGACCUCGUCCGAUCGGGGCCUCGCGCAGCGCACGCAGGCGGCGACCAAGAACCGCGUGGCCGCCGGCGUGGAUGCCCUGGCCGACGAAGCGGCACGGGCCUCGUGGCUGCGCGAGGCCGAUUCCAGCGACGACGACGAUGACGACGACUUCGACCUCGGUCCGCGCACGGUGACGCCCAACUCGUCGCCCGUCAUGACGACCGCCUCCUCGCUGGCCGGCGCCCGGAGGCCCGUGUCCUAAGUCGGCGGCGACGUAGGCCUAACCGGUGUUUGUUUUCUGGCCAUACGCGGCUUUCGUUUAGGCUGGCUCACCGCGGUGGACACCCCCAAAUAUCUCAGCUUCGAAUUACAGCGCCCAAGCGGCGCUGGAGAGUGUCACCGAACGCUAGAGCUUUGUUCGCGCCCUUUUUUUUCUGUUAACUACGAAGCGAGACGGGAGAGACCGCGCACGUUCAAGCUCGGUGUCUCUGGCACACCUAUGUCUAGCUUUAUUUUGCGAAGACGGGUAGGAUGGCAGGCUACAGUUAUCGCUUUGGAAGAGCGCACAUUUGCUGAACAAAAAUUGAAGAACGUCUUUGCAACUCUUUUAAACGCUUGUGACACGAGACGAGAAACUACUGCUCGUCCAGUUUGUGCGUGAGUCAGAAGUUGUUUUAGGAUUUCUCCCAAUUGGCGUCCUUAACUGAAACCUUCCGUUUCCUUGUGUCUCAUUGUAGACGGGCGGGUAGGGACCAGUUGAUGCUGAGCGUAUUGUUCAUUAGUGUACAAUUGCGGUGCCAGCGGCCGCAAUCAAUACUCUUGGAAAAAGCAGUGGUGUUCCGCCUCUGUUGUUGAAUAGAGUAGAGCAGUGUCCAACACAACAUGACGGAAACGAUAACAAUGCUGUUGGUGUGAAACAUAUAUAUUUAAAAAAAAAAGAUAAAAGCGGAGCGCUAUGCCGCUCUCAGCUCAGCCUUGAACAUGACCGUAGGAAAACUCUGCAACAGCGAGAGCCUUUGGUCGCCUUCAACUCUGCUCAUGUUUGGCACUGAGAUAUAUUUCUUAGGCGAGGAUGUUUCCUGAGCGGUACUGUGUUGUUAUUGAGAAAACGUAUUCCGGCACAUCUUUCAGAGUUUAGAAGACUGUUUACGCGUCUGAGAAGCUGCGUUUGUGGCGAGGUAUUUCCGGCGUAAGGAUAAAAAGCGCGGUAAAAUGAGCGAAUGGGACGAUAGGAUAUCAUGUCGAGUGCACAUAAAUGCUCGCAACAGUGACUGCUUGCAUAUAGCUAAGCGUGCCGUCGCUGGAACAGCAUGGUAUUGAUACUGGUGAUAUGUAUACCGAGGAGCUUCUUAAGUGAUAAUGAC